CCAUCUGCUCACCUGAGAGGAAGCAGCGAGCAGCUCGCAGACGUCAGGACCGUCCGAGCUCUGAGAACGUCCCUCUGUCUCCUCACGUCUUCUACAUGCUGCGCUCAGAGGUGCAUGGAUGAGAGUGGGCAGGAGGCCGCUGAGGAGGUGGAAAUAACAAGCAGCGAGUCCGGGGCUGGAGCUUUGCAGGAGACUUUUGAGAAAUGUCAGGAAAGUUUGGGAGGAUGGCGCUGUGGGCGCUCGGGGCCGUGCUGCUUUCAGGGUACAUGUACAUGGAAUCAGAUGCCGCUCAUGAGCUGAAGGAGGAUUGGCAGGAACGUGGCGGAGGCUUGGACGAGUCGCCCCUGGACUCAGACCCGCUUCUAUACGGACGACGCGUCGCUUUAACUCGGAGAAAAAGGAAUAUCUUGUUUCCCAGCGGAGUCAAACUUUGCACUCAGGAGACGCUGGACCAGGCCGUCGCCAACCAUCUCAAAUACUUUCACCUCAGAGUGUGUCAGGAGACGGUGUGGGAGGCCUUUAAGAUCUUCUGGGACCGGCUGCCGGAGCGGAACGACUACCAGGACCGGGUGAGUCGCUGCAUGGACGGCUCCUUCAGCGUCACGGACAUCGGCAGCUUCUUCAGCCAAUCAGAGGAGCACAUCAGCCUCAUCAGGAGUAGGGUCGCCAUGGCAACUACGUUAAACAGCGUGCCCGUCACCUCAGGCCCUCCUCCGUGCAGCUCUGAGACAACAACCGUCCACGCUGGAGACUCGCUGAUGGAGACAGGGGAGGAAGUUGUCGUCAUUGGGUCGAUUCCACCUUCAGUCAUCGCUGAGAUUCCCACAGAGUCUGAAGAAGAGGAUGUUGCUGACGAUACUGUGGAGGUCGCCACAGAGGUCAUUGACUCUGUUACCUACAUGCCUUUGGAUGGACAAGAAGAAAAACCUGUCCCAGAUACAACCAAGGAGGAGACUGUAGAGGAUUUAACUCCUACUGAUCUGGAUGUACCCGACUCAGAGGUGAUUGAAGAAGUCACCCCUGUCGGUGAAGAGCCACCUUUGGAAGUUGUUGCUGAAGAGUUCCUCACAGAAGCUACUGUUGUGGUUCUUACAAAGCCCACAACAGUACCUGCUACAGAAGCUGUCACAGUGCAGGAUUUAGAGCAGCAGGAAACUCCAGAACUUGGUGCUGAGGCUCCGUCAGAAGUCAUUUUGGAGGCAAUCCAGGAGACAACAAUCAUUUUUGGCCCAGAAGAAGAAGAAAUCCCAGACAAUUCUUUAGAUAUCACCCCGAGGGUAACUUUAGCUGAUAAUGUUUUAGAGGAACCCACUGAAACAGCACAAGCUGUAGCAGUUCUUGAAGAACCUAAAGGAGACGUCCACAAAUCACCAGGAGUUGUAGAAGUUAGUCAAGAUACAAGGGAAGUCAGCACAGAGCCAAUCCCAGCUGUGUUUCUGAUAACUGAGCCAGAUUCAGAAGACCAAACCAAAACAUUCAUAUAUGUGACUCCAGAACAAGAACCUGUCUCAAACAUAGAAACAGAAGUUCCAUCUCAGUCCUAUAUUCUGGCGACAACAGUCAAGGUAGACGUAAAAGCUAGUGAAGAUACUGAAGAGGACCAAACACCAGAAGACCAACUGACGACUCAGAUUGCUCUUGAUGCAACAGACAAGCCAGAGGAGGAGGAAGAAGUAGGGAUCAAACAUGAAGAACCCAUAAUUGUUACCGAAGCUGCUGUUCAAUUGGAGUCUCCUGCGUUAGAAACAGCAAGCGAAAACCUACAAGAGGAAGCAGGGGGCGCUGUGGGGACUGUAGAAACUCAACUAGAUGUUAUUAAAGAAGGAGAAGAAGAGCCAGUGAAACCAGCAGAUACAAACGAAAAAGACGAAGAACCAAUUGAAGAAACACUUGAGGCACCUGUGGAUCCUGUAGAGGAAAUAAGUGGAGAGGCUACAGGAGGUGCAGUAAAAGAAACUGAACCGGCACAAGAGUUUGAACCUAUAGAUGAAAUAACACCUGACGAAGAUACAGAACCCACAGAGGAACCAGUAGGAGAACCAGAGCGUGUCGAGGGUAUUGCCAAAGAGAAGAAACCUACAGUACAAGAGGUAGAGCAUGAAGUAGUACCUGAUCUUUUUAUUACAUCUGUGUCUGAUGAGACAACCGAGGAAGAACCAGGAGCAGGACAAACUAAACCCCAAGUUACAGAGGAGAUGACGUCCCAGGUCCCUCCAGAGUCUCGUGAGGAGAUCACUUCGGUUGUUGUUGUUCCAGAGGACACAGAGGAAUUAUUGCCAGUGAUUGAAAUGGAGGAAACACCUGAACUUCCAGGAGGCUCAGAGUUUGAAAUCAUUUCAGAAAUCACAGAGGAGGAUAUUACCCAGUUGAUUUCAAGUGAGGUCCCAGAACCUGGAUACCUUCCUGCAGUUGAGGAAGAUAUUGCCUCAGAAGUUGUGACUCACACUCAGCCAGAGACGAUUUCAGAGGUAGAAUCUUCUGAGGAGGUCACACCAGAGUCUCAUGAAGACGUUGUCCCAGAAGCUGCACCUGAGGAAGACAGUGCACCAAGUGGGGACAGCAUCCAUGUUGCUCCAUCAGAGGUUCCACGAGAGAAGGUGGAUAGUAUCUCUGUUGAUGUUACAGCAGAGGAUACAGCCAAUCUAGCUAAAGAGUAUUCGGAGUCCUCAGAGGAAAUCACUCCAGAGACUGUGGUCGGUAUCCCUGCAGAGAGUACCCAGGGUACUGCCACUGAGGAGGCCACCCCUGGCACAUCUUUGGAAGUCACGACCAAGUACAUAGUGGAGUACAACAAUGGAAACUUCCCUGAUAUAACAGAGAGGCCUUAUGACGUCGAUGACGGCUUACUGGGAAACAACGGCUUUGGCUUGGAGGAAGAGAAGGAGAACCCGAUUGGUAACGAGAUAGACGACACUUUGCUGCGGCCCCCGAGGCCCCUGAAGGACCAGGUGGUGGAGCUGAGCAUCAAGCUGAGAGGAGAAACGUACAACGACGCUCUGAGAGAUCCCAGCAGCUUCCAUUACCAGCAGCUGGCGAAACACUUCACACGCAAGAUUGAAGACGCCUUUGAGAGGCUGCCGGGCUUUAAGGACGUGUACGUGGUGGAGUUCAGACCACAGAAGGACCUGGAGCGAGGUUUGGUCGUCCUGGUCCACUACGCCAUCACGCUGGAGGUGGACAGUGGCGGCAUUCCCAACGACACAUUGGACUUCAUCUCCUUGCAGAACAAUUUGGUGGAGAAGAAUUACCCUGGAGCCGCCGAGCAGCCCACCGUCGUCUACACCAUCACUGACUUCCGUAACUACAUCACUGAGGCGCUGCACAAAGACAACUUCAUGACCAACAGCAGCCUGGAGACGCAGGGGGACCCUCUGCAGCUGGAGAACGCCGAGAACUUGCUGCUUUCUGUGAAACCUACGAGUCGACCAGACGACUCCUUCGACAACAUGGAUAACGUUCUGGCAGCAGAGAAGCCUCCCGACGCUCCGAGUCAUGAGGUGGAAGACAGCAAUGUUUUUCUGAAGAAGGACGACUUCCUGUUUGACCCCUUUGAUCCGUGGAAAGGUCCUCAGACUGGGGGGGUGAGCGAGAAUGACGUCUUCACGUUUGAGGAGAGCUCGGUUCCUCUGCAGCCCGAUGAAUUCCCCGAUAAGACGUCAGACCUGGAGCCACCGGAUGAAGAGAAUAAUGUAUUUAUUGAAGAUGAGGGAUUUCUUCUCAAUAAUGCUCCUGGCGCUGGAGACGAUUCCCCCAGAGGGGACCAUGCUGUCAGUGCUGGAGGCUCCUCAGCCACUGCCUCUCCACCGGCGAAUCCUCAGACGGGCUCUGAGAACACGAUGGACGAUGGGUCUGGUUCUGGUUCCUCUGGAGACGGCCAGGGAGCUGAUCUCUGGUCCUGGCAGCCCUCUGUGACCUCUGAUGGGACUGGCAGCCUGGAGGUGCUACCACCUCCUGAUCUGGAGGAGACUGAUGAGGAGGAUGAAGACCAGGAUGAGGAAGGGGUUGCUGUUGUUGAGUCUCUGAAUACGGAGGAAGGUGAUUUGGUUGCAAUGGGAGUAGAACUCACAAAUGCGCCUCCUUGGACAACAACAGCUCCUGCUUUUGAGGAGUCAGUGCAGGAUGGAGGCCUUGAGGAACCUUUUCUGGAUGAAGUCCUGGUAACGCCGCACAUCAGCACCGAUCCACGGUACUCAACCACAACACAAGCUCCUGUGUUCUCACCCAGAGGAACAUUGACUGUUGAACUUUCAGUACAAACAUUUGAAGCGUCUGGAAUCUACGAUGUGUAUUCCCUGACAGAACCACAUGUAACUAUCGUGCCAGGCAGAGAUUCUCCUGAACCUGAAUCUUGGACUCGUGAGGAGCCGUAUUUUUUUGGACCAACUAAUUCAGCAGUCAACCUUCAAGAAACCACUGAAGUGGUUGAAGUAACUACAGCAGCAGAGAUGCAGCUUCCAGUUGUUACAGAUGAGUUUACAUCAGCAGAAGAUGCACCUGAGAGGGACGAGGUUGAAGGGAUUCUGGCGCCUGUGGUUCCUGAUACGGAAGCCCCUUCGACCGAAGAGUCUCCGACCUUCGUAGAAGUCCAGGCAGUCACAGUCAAAGAACCUAGCUUUGAUAUCAUCACUGAACUGUCAGAACUGGAGGUUCUCACAGAAAAACCCAAACUGCUCCUGCCAGAACCUGCAGAUCACCAUGAGGUUGAGAUUUUAGAAGAGCAGCACAUCGGCACCUCUGAUCCUACAACGACAACAGCAGCGCCAGCGGUCGAGGCUCUAGACAGUGACCUGGUAGCGGAUGAAGUCAUGGUCGUCACUACAACCACCGCUGCUCCCGUCUCAACCUCAUCCCCGAACUCAGACCACAGCCACAGCAUCGCACUCUCGCCUGAGAAAGACUCGCCGUUUACUCGUGUGUCGGAUUCAGAGCCGGAAGACGAGGACCUGAUUCAACAUGAACACCUAAACCAUGAAGAUUCAGACGAAGUUCCAAUAAGCUUUCCAUCUCCAGAUGUUACUCAUUCACCACCAACAGUGGUGGCUGCAAAUGAAAAAGACAGUUCUCCGACUGAUGCUUCAGAACCGCUGCCAGGUGCUUCGGCACAGGAUGACGACAUUGACUCAACCUUGACAGAUGCUUUGAAAGAGGAAGUAGAUACUGACAUCCCCCAAACAUCUUCGUCCUCACUUCAGAAAGUCAGCACUCCUGCUACUGAGAUCCAGACGUCUGAGCACGAUUUCUCUGAUGUGCCGAGCAUCGACGUCAGCUUCGACGUCUUCCAGUAUGGCGGAAUCGCGACGGAAGGCGACAGCAGUGGAUUCUCCAGUGGCACUCAUGGGUCAGAUCUGGAUGCCAUUGCAUUACCAGCCCAACCUGGCAGGGCUCUAACCGUGUUCUUCAGCCUGAGGGUGACCAACAUGGCGUUCUCCAUGGACCUGUUCAACAAGAGCUCCCCUGAGUACAAGGCCCUGGAGCAACGCUUCAUGCAACUGCUGGUCCCGUACCUGCAGUCCAACCUGAACAACUUCCAGAACCUGGAGAUCCUCAACUUCCGGAAUGGCAGCAUCGUGGUGAACAGCAGGAUGAAGUUCGGUAAGCCGGUUCCCAAAGGCGUCACCAACGUCGUCUACCUGAUCCUGGAGGACUUCGCUAACACCGCCUACCAGACCAUGAACCUGGCCAUCGACAAGUACUCGCUGGACGUCGAAUCAGGCGACAGAGCCGAUCCCUGUAAGUUCCAGGCGUGUAACGAGUUUUCCAGAUGUAUGGUGAACCAGUGGUCGGGCGAGGCCGAGUGCGUCUGUGACGCCGGGUAUCUGAGCGUGGACGGUCUGCCGUGUCAGAGCGUCUGUGAGGUGCAACACGAUUUUUGCCUCAAUGACGGCAAAUGUGACAUCAUCCCUGGCAAGGGCGCCAUCUGCAGAUGUCGAGUUGGAGAGAACUGGUGGUACCGUGGUGAGCACUGUGAGGAGUAUGUCUCCGAGCCGCUGGUGGUGGGCAUCGCCAUCGCCUCAGUGGCAGGUUUCCUCAUGGUGUCGGCCGGAAUCAUCUUCUUCCUGGCGAGGACGCUGCGAGAGCAGUAUGACGGAGAGGACACGGAGGACCCAGUGAGACGUGGAGACAGUUUGCCGACGCUGGAACGUGCCACCAAGUUCAACCCAAUGUUGGAGAGCGACCCCGUCACCGCCCAGUAUUACCGGCACUAUGACGACAACUUGCCUCAGUUCUACCGCGGCCGUGACCCUGACCUCCCCGAGUUCAGCGGCUCUGCCAGCGUCGACGGCUCCAAAGAGCUGAGCAGCGACGAGAUACAACACAUCUACCAGAACACCGCGCUCAGCAGAGAGGAGAUCCAGGAGCGUCUGAGGAUUAUCGAGUUGUGCUCCAGGGAUCAACACUUUGCAGACUUUGUGCGACAGACUCAAGUGUUCCUGGAGAGAAGAGGAAGUUCCACCACGUAGAGAGCAGAGUGAUGGAGACGAGCUCAGAAUCCUGCCUUUGUCUGACUCGAGGAGGGGGAGGAGCUUGUGGUCUGUCACCUCGCUGCGUCUGAUUGGCCGGAGCAGAGGUGAUGAGCUGCCGAAUCUUGGGACUCUUUCUAUUGGACCUGACGUGAACUCUGACCCCUACAGGGUCGUCUGUUGCUCUGACCUUUGACCUUUGUGUGUAAAUGCUUUAACGCUUCAGUCUGUUUCUGUCUUACUCUUCAUCUUCCGCCUCAACUCAACCGUUUCUGUUUGCGUCUCGACCUGCACGUCCUCGCUGUCGCAGAAAAGAAAGAUCGUUCGUGUCGGCCGAGUUUCAGACCUCGUGAUUGGUCGUGAGAGAAAGGUCGUGCUCUGGUCGUGACUCCUCCCCAUCAGUGCCUUUGCCGCUUCUUUGGGAUUUGAUGCUUAGAAUCUCAGAUACCUUCACGUUAACAAUCGGUGUUUCCGUGACUCCACGACAACUCGGACCAGGAAACCGCCUGUUUUCUGUUCGUUCAAUCAGCUGCUUAACGAACCAAUGUUUACAUUUCUCUGCUGGAGUGUAACCGAUGUGUAGCAUGUGUAGCCUGUAAGUAACACGCAUGACGAAUGUUCGCAACAGGAAACUGAUGUUCGUGAGCUGCGGAAGACGAGUCGUGCCACAAAAAACUAAAUCCUUGUUUUUUUCUUGUGGCACUAAUCCUCUUCGGUAUUUAUGUUUCCGAUGUUUCUGAUGCUUUAGGAAACAUUGAACGUGAGUUUAUACGCCGAUGAUAUUCUCUUGUUUGAGCACAACGACCAUCUGGUUUGUAAAAGCUACGACCUUGUUCCCGCAGGUUAUUUCCUUUGCGCAUCGUUAGCGUCACAAGAUAAAUGUUUAACGAGCCUGGAACAAAUGAAAUGAUCCGAGCGUUUAAAACAAUAAAAGAGUCAAACAGAUCGAGAGGAAGAAGAUUUCAAACAUUCAAGAACAUUUUGUGUAGAAAAUCAGAUGUUUCUGUCGUUUCUUUAGAAUCUGUGUUUUUUAUUAGACGUCUCAGACACGACAAACAGCGACUCCUCCGCAGGUCACGUGUGUGUGUGUGUGUGUGUGUGUGUGUGUGUUGUGUGCACGUGCGCGGCCUCUCUCCUUUGUGGUGUUUUCUAUUGUGUUUUAUAAACUGUUCGUCUGAUUAGAACAAAACUAAAACUGUGUAAUACCGACGCACUCACUUUUUUAAAAUAAAAAGACGAUAUUUUCUACACAGUCGUCUGACGUGGAGUCAAACAUCUGUCA